AUGGGCUGCAGCGCCAGCAGCCAGUCUCCCAACGUGAGCGUGGCACUUGCAAACGACGGCGCCAUGACCGAGUCGGCCUCCCUUGCUUCGGCGCAUCAGCCAUACUUUUCGCCCGACGCGCUCCUCGACUCAGUCGAGAGCGGCGCCGUCUGGCCGCUAAAGGGCAGCUACAUCGUCAAGCUGCACCAGGACGGUGGAAAACUGGCGCGCCGGCAGGAUUUACCGAAGGAGGCCUUCUGGACGGCCUCGGAGUUGCGCAAGCUCGUCGAGAAGGUUGGCGUCCACCAGCACCUUGUGCACGGCGAGAUUGGCUGGGGCCUGCUCUUUGUAGCGCUCUCCUAUCGGUGGUUGACUCAGCCGCAUCCCGACCCUGACGGACAUCACCUGGAGCGCGUCGCGAAGGCCGCGAGCCUCUACCUGAAGAAGGAUGAUGAGUGGGGCUCUCCACUCGUUGCCCUCUUCCAGGCCGCGGGCCUCGGCGUGCCGGAUUUUGCGCUCUUUUGGGACUUUGGCUCGCUCGUGCAAAAGGGCCCGCCGACCGUGGAGGGCGGGCCGCUCGUGGAGCGCACGCCGGACGAGGUCCCGCUCUUCAAGGCGGGCCUGGCCGCGCUGCCCGUGUGGUACGGCCACUCGUUCAGCGUCGUGUGGAUGCAGACGGAGCUGCCGGACGGCUUUGCGAAGACGAUGCGGGAGAGUCACCCGCCGCUCGCGGAGACGUACGAGGACUCGGGAUGGUGCUUCGUCGAAUUCGCCAUGACCGGCGCGCUCAAGAUGGGCAAUCGGCGACUCGACCUCGGCCAGGCCAAGCUCGGCCGCACGACGCCCGACGUCUUCACGUAUGGCGGCGGGUGGGUGCCGGAGACCAAGCUCGACAGCGUGUGCGCCGCCACGCGUGACCCGCCGAUGACGCCGGACGACUUCUGCGUGGCGCUCGAGACCAAGCUCUUCACCUCCGGCGCCGACAGCGACGUGGUCAAGACCAUCUACUCGAGCUUCUUUGACGGCGCCGUGCCCGCCGCGAAGAAGCUCCACUUCAGUGACGUGAGCUGGGGGGACGCGGCGGCGGCCGGCUCGAAGAUGCGCCGUCUUGCGUCCGUCCUCCCGCGCUUCGCGGCCCUCACCGCCCUCGACCUCUCCAAGAACAGCCUGGGGUCGGAGGGUGGCACACUCCUCGGCGACGAGCUGCGCCGACGCCAUCAGCUUGGCGGCGCCGCCGUGCCCCUGAGGCGGCUCACGGUGACGGGCACGUACGACAGGGUCAACAUUGACCACGACGGCGCGACCAAGCUUGCCGAGGCCGUGCUCGCAUGCUCAUCGCUCGAGCACCUCGGACCGGUGCCGGCGAUGGAGCUGCGCAUGGGCAGGACCACCGCGCUCGAGCUGGAGAAUCGAGGCCUCGGACCGACCGAGGGCGUGGCACUGGGCGGGUUGCUCAAAGCGGCUGCAGGCCUGAAGACGCUCGUGCUUGCGCAGAAUAAGAUCGGCGACAUCGGCGCGAUCAGGAUUGCCGACGGUAUCCGGACGCACAGGGCUCUCGUUACGCUCAGCCUGGAGGAUUGCAGCAUCGGCGCGGACGGCGCCAUCGCGCUGGGCGACGCGCUAAUGUCGGCAUGGAGCCUGAAGGCGCUCUUGCUCGCACAGAAUCAGAUUGGCGAUCAGGGCGCGCGCGCGAUCGGCGAGGGCCUCAAGACGAACAGGGCUCUCGAGACGAUCGGCCUGGAGGGUUGCGGCAUCGGCGCCGACGGCGGCACUGCGUUGGCCUCCGGGCUCGCGGCCAAUGCUGGUGCGCUGAGGGCGUGCGACCUCUGGCGCAACGAGCGUAUGGGCGACGCCGCCGAGCAACUGCUGCGCGGUGCGGUCGCUGGCCGCACCAGCUUCGAGCUGGUGUUGCCGUCCCGCGCCCUCACGGCGUCUGGUGUGCCACGUGGCGAGAAGGUGCUCGUGCUCACCGGCGCCACGGGCGAGAUUGGCGGCGCGAUUGCGCGUGGCAUCCUCAAGGCGCACCUCAAGGUCCUCGUGGCCGAUCUCGCGGUGCCCGCAUCGGUCGCGGCGUGCUGCGCGCGGAUUCGUCGGGACUUCCCACGCGUCGACGUGCUGAUCAACUGCGCCGCCGUCGCCUCGAAGACCCGCGUGCGAGUGGAUUGCCUCGGCCGCCGCUUCGAAGACGAUGCGGGUGCAGCAGGAGGCGCCGCAGCGGCUGCCUGCUCCGACGGCCUGCCUCCGCAGACGAGCGCAUCCGUGGAUGCAGAGGACGGCCUCGAGCUGCAGUUUGCGACGAAUGUGCUCGGCGGCUUCGUGCUGAUGCGCGAGCUGCUCCCGGCCUUCUCGCGCGGUGCGCGUGUCGUCCUCGUCGCGUCGCAGCUCGCCAACGGCCUCAAGCUCGACGAUCUGCAGAGCCGCACGCUGCGGCCGUACCAUCCCAUCGCCGUCUACUCGGCGUGCAAGCAGGCCGUCCGCAUGCUCGCGGCCGAGGCGCCCACGCACGGCUUCCGCGACGCCGGCGUGAGCGUCAGCGCGUGCCAUCCGGGCGUUGUCACCUCGGAGCUCCUGACCAUCCUUGGCAUUGCCACGGGCCCCGACCGCGCCGAGAUGGCCGCGCAGACGCCGCUCAAGCUCGCCCUCGACACGCCCCCGCCAGAGAGCGGCACCUACCAUGUCGACAAGAAGCGCCACCCGUGCAAGUUUGCAAAGGACGGGCGCGCGCGGGCCGAGCUGUGGCGCAAGUGCGACGAGCUCGCAAACAAGUGCAUCGCCAUCGGGGGAGAGUCUAAACUGCAUGCAUAGGGCAGGGCAUAGGGGGGAGAGCGCAAAAGAAUACGCCCAUGAGAGUAG